AUGGAAUCGAGCAAGGACUUGAAGAAAGGGAGUCCGAGGUUGGAGUCGAUCGGCAAUGCCGAGGCGACAACCGAAUCGAUCUCCGGCGGAGAGGAGGAGCCUCCGGCGGAAGCUGAUGUCGCCGUGCCGGCGAUCUGGCGUCUUCUACAUCUCCGUCAUCGUCUUGUUCGCGUUCAGCGUCGCGCUCUACACUCUCACGGUGAUGUCUCCGGCCGAUCCAGGGCUGGGGAGAGCUCCGGCGAGGUGGCGGCCGCCUCCGGGGACCUCGGUGAGGUUCAGGCCGGUGGAUCUGAUGAGGAGGUUUUGGGGAAUAUGAAUAAAGAUUCGCAAUCUUUAAUGCUCUUAACAAUUGUGAGAGGACUUAUUGAGCUGGGAUACACAUCAACGGUUUAUGCAUUAGAGGACGGAGAAGCUCAUUCUUCGUGGGAGCAUGCUGGUUCUCAAGUAUCAGUUGUGCCCUCUGACAGUUAUAGUACCAUUGAUUGGUCAAUUUAUGAAGCUGUUAUCCUAAGUUCUCUUGAAGCCAAAAGCGUCAUUUCAAGCUUUAUGGAACAUCCAUUCGAUUCUGUACCACUUGUGUGGCUUAUUCAUGAAGACAUCCUUGGGAGGCGCCUUCCAAUGUAUGAAACAAAUGAGUGGGAUGACCUUAUCACGAUUUGGAAAACCAGUUUUAGAAGGGCUGAUGUUGUGGUGUUUCCAGAUUUCUCCCUUCCAAUGAUGUAUGGUUCACUUGAUACUGGAAACUUCUAUGUUAUUCCUGAAUCUCCAGUCAACACCUGGGCUGCUGAGACUUACACUGCAUCCCAUUCUCGAAGCGGAUUACGGAAAGAUAACGGGUUUAACGAUGAUGACUUUAUAAUGUUAGUUAUUGGGAGCAACUUUUUCUAUGAUGAAUUGGCAUGGGAAUAUGCAGCUAUCAUGAACGCCAUGAUACCAGAGAUUAAGAAAAUUAAAAGAAUAGAAGGGCGGAGAGGAACUUUUAAGUUUGUUUUCUUAUGUGGGGAUACCAUACCUGCCCAUGACUAUGCUUUUCAGGAACUUGCUUCUCGUAUGGGAUUGCCAGUUGAUUUUGUAAAGCACUAUGGAGCAGAUGGCGAUGUGAACAGAGUACUUUUGAUGGCUGAUUUAGUUCUCUAUGGCUCCUUCCAGGAGGAACAGGGUUUCCCUCCACUAUUAGUGCGGGCAAUGUCAUUCGAAAUUCCCAUAAUUGUUCCCAGUUUGCAGAUUAUAACAAAAUAUGUUGUAGAUCAGGUCAAUGGGGUAAUUUUUGAUCCACAUAACCUGGGCACAUUGGUGAAAGCUUUCUCACUUCUGAUAGAAGAUAAUAAGCUCUCUGCUUUAGCACAUUCAGUUGCUUCUUCUGGGAAAAGACUCUCCAAGAAUAUUUUAGCAUCAGACUGUGUUGCUGAUUAUGCGAAGCUUCUUGAGAACUUGGUACAAUUUCCUUCAGAUGCGAUGCUUCCUCUUCUAGUUUCUCAUAUUAAGCAAAACACCUGGGCAUGGGACUUACUUGACAUCGAAGACACACAAACCAAUAUUUCUGUCCAAGACAAGGGUUUCGAGGACACUAUUGUUUCUUUGGAGGAACAGGCGGCUGGUAAAUUUCAUGUAAAAAAAACUGCCCAGAUAGGCAACUCUUCAGCAGAAGACUUCCCUACCCAGUUAGAUUGGGAUAUCAUUGCUGAAAUGGAAAUUCUGGAAGAUGCUGACAGGCGAGAGAGGGAAGAGAUUGCAGAAAGGACGCCAAGAUAUUUGGGAGAUUGGAAUACUGUGUAUAAUGAUGCCCGAAAAGCUGAUAAAGAUACAAAAUUUGACAAAAACGAACGUGAUGAAGCUGAAUUAGAAAAAAUUGGUCUUCAAUUGUGCAUCUAUGAGAUUUACAGUGGACGAGGAGCAUGGCCAUUUUUACAGCAUGGCUCUCUAUAUCGUGGGAUAAGUCUUUCCAAAAGAGCUCAAAGGCCAAGAUCAGAUGACAUUGACGCAGUUGGUAGGCUUCCAAUCUUGAAUAAUGCAUAUUAUGGAGAUCUUCUUUGUGACUUCGGCGCCAUGUUUGCAAUUGCAAAUAAGGUGGAUAGCAUUCACAAUAUGCCUUGGAUUGGAUUCCAGUCAUGGCGUGCUGCAGGAAGGAAGGUAUCUUUAUCUGUUAAUGCUGAAGAAGUUCUGGAACGAACUGCACAAGAAAAAUCUGAAGGAGAUGUGAUUUACUUCUGGACGCCAAUGAAGAUGAACAAAAAGGCUGUGGGAGAAAAUGACGGAUUUGACUUUUGGACAGUGUGUGACAUCUUAAAUGCUGGGAAUUGCAGGACUGUGUUUGAGGCUGCAUUCAGAUCGAUGUAUGGUCUACCAGAGAACAUGUCUGCUUUGCCUCCAAUGCCCAAUGAUGGUCAUAAGUGGUCUACUCUCCACAGCUGGGUGAUGCCGACACCCUCUUUUCUAGAAUUCGUGAUGUUUUCAAGAAUGUUCGUGGACUCGAUAGAUAGUUUAAAUCAGAAAAACAUCGGCGCUGCUCCGUGUAUUCUUGGAUCUUCAGAACUAGAGAACAAGCACUGCUAUUGCCGAGUACUCGAACUCUUGGUGAAUGUAUGGGCUUAUCACAGCGCCAGAAGACUAGUUUACAUUGAUCCAGUUAGUGGGCAAAUGCAAGAACAGCACCCUAUAGAUCAGCGCAUCGGGAAAAUGUGGGUUAAGUACUUUGACUUCACAUUGAUGAAGAGUAUGGAUGAGGAUUUAGCCGAAGAAGCAGAUGAUGGCAUACAUCCAACAGAUAGAUGGCUUUGGCCUUUAACUGGAGAAGUACAUUGGUCAGGGGUCUUCGAUAAGGAGAGGGAGGAAAAAUAUAGGCGGAAAAUGGAUAAGAAGAGAUUGAACAAGGCCAAGCUAUUGGAUAGGCAUAAGUUUGGAUACAAACAGAAAUCUUUAGGAUAGUAAGUAGAGAAUCCCUUCAAGAUGGUUGCACUAUCACCCCUUUGGCUCGAAGCCGGUGCUGCAGCUUGAGCUGCAGUUCAUACAGAUAUAUGAUGAUAUUGUGUGAAUAUAUUUUUUUCCCCUCAUGAUUCAUUCUCCCAAGGAGAAGAGGAAAGACAUAAAGCGCUGGGCUGGCCAGAAGGACGAAUUCCUUGUUUUUGUUUUCCCUCUCAUUUUUACAUUGUUUUUUUUUUUUCGAGAUUCAGUCUGAGGAUUCUACAGAAGAAGUUUUGCUUAGAGACAGUAGAUAUUCUUUGUGACUGAGAAAUUUGAGCAGUUAUUCUCAAAAUACGAAUGUUACUGCUAACCAGAGAUGUAACUUUUUACACAGUUGUAAAUGAAGAAAAUAACAGGCCAUAUUUUCAAUGACAAUAGAAAGGGGGAUCACAGCAGUAUUCUGUGCGCAGUUGCCCUUUUAAGUUCUGUUUCCAGUGCGAAAUUUUAUUUUUAUUUUCCAAGA